AUCCCGCUAGUGCUCCAACAAGAACAAGGCAAGAGGAUUUAUAUAACCCGGAGAUUCCCCUCGAUGGAACCACAGGCUCCACAUGCAAAUCAUCAAAUCAAAAUCGACCCAUCCGCAAACCCACGCAGCCGCAAGCAAACUGUGUGUGUGCGCGUAACAUAUUUGCCCCUUUUCCUCUUGCGGUCCAACCCACGUACUACGCAGCGCUUUACUCUCUUGUGUGAUGAGUGAGUGGCCUAUCUAUCUAUCCAUCCAUCAGCUCAGCUGCUGCCUGCUGGGCAUUUAAGUAGCAACGACCGACCCCCGCCUCCUCCUCCCCAUCGCUGCUCCGCCCCCGUCUCCCACUCUCCACUCCUCUCUCUCUCUCUCUCUCUCUCUCUCUCCCGUCGCAUGCUCUCCCACGUCGAGAUGGCACCCGCGGGGGCCGCCGGCGGCUUCAAGCUCUUCGGCAAGGUCAUCACGCAGUGCGUCGAGGGGACCCAGGCCUCGCCCUCCCCGUCCCCGUCGGCGUCGCCCGUGUUCGCCGCGCAGGACGAGGACCGGCGGCUGCACGGCGAGACGGACCGGACGGCGAUCAAGCGGGAGGCGGCGGACAUGGAAUCCUCGCGUCAGCAGCAGCAGGGAGCGGAGGCGUCGCGGCGGACGCAGCUGCAGGAGUCGGCGGAGGCGCGCGCGGCCGCGGCGCCGCUGCCGUGCCCGCGGUGCCGGAGCCGGGAGACCAAGUUCUGCUACUUCAACAACUACAACGUCAACCAGCCGCGCCACUUCUGCAAGGCCUGCCACCGCUACUGGACGGCCGGCGGCGCGCUCCGCAACGUGCCCAUCGGCGCCGGCCGCCGCAAGAACCGCCCGCUCGGCCCCAUCGCCACCGUCGCUGGCCACCACCACCGCGCCGCCGCCGGCUUCGUCCUCGGCUUCCCCAGCCCUUCCUCCUCCCCCACCUCCCCCUCGCCCGUCUACGCCGACCGGUGGCAGCUCGGCCCGGACCCCCGCUUCUGAUCCCGCCCACCAUUCAUCGAUCCGUCUCCGGCCGAUCGAACAGACUCGGGCUUGGAAGAUAGAGUUUGGUUUGACCCGCUGAAUCGUGACGCGACGGGAAGCCUUAGCUUGUGCCCGAAGCCUUACACAAGACAGGGAAAAAGGCGGCUCCUUCUUCCAUUUGCUACGCUAGCUUCUCUCUUGUCAUCAAUUCCUAAGUACCAGUAGUUUGUUUCCUUCCCCUGGUUUCUUCUUCUUGGCUUGGUUUAUCAGGUUGCGUCGCCUGUGCAAUGUAAAAUGGAACCGAUCAGGUUGCGCGGUAGUAGCAUCAAGUUGCAAAAACAUGUCCCAUUCCCAUGGUA